AUGUCCCUCUUGCGCGAAGCUGAGAGAUGCGUCGCUAAUCAAUAUUCACACAACUUCAAUGCCUUUAUAACUCCUCUGGCUCGCGCCGGCCAGUGGCUGGACCGCGUGAGGGAAGCCGAUGAGCGCCAGGAACAAGGAACCCCCAAGUCUGCCGUAGAUGGCCGGCUCAUAUCCGUCAAAGACAAUAUCUGCACCCGCGACCUCCCUACCACCUGCGCGUCCGGGAUCUUGGAGAAAUACACGAGUCCAUUUAAUGCCACCGUCGUCGAUCGGUUGGAGGCCGCGGGGGCCGUCGUGGCGGGGAAAACAAACCUGGACGAGUUCGGCAUGGGCUCGAACUCGAUCAAUUCACGAUUUGGGCCUGUGAAGAACCCGCGGCGCGACGCGAGUGGGGAGUUCUUGUCUGCCGGUGGAAGCUCUGGUGGAAGUGCUGCUUCGGUUGCCGCGGAUCAAUGCUAUGCUUCGCUGGGAACGGAUACCGGAGGCUCGGUCAGACUGCCAGCCGCAUAUACGGGCACCGUGGGCUUCAAGCCAUCGUACGGGUUGAUCUCACGAUGGGGUGUGGUGGCAUAUGCUAACUCACUGGACACGGUUGGGAUUCUGGGGAAAUCAACUGCCAAUGUGCGGGACAUAUUUGAUAUCCUGAAUGAACACGACCACCGCGAUCCAACAAGUCUCUCCGUAUUCUCUCGUGAAAGAAUACAGCAUUCACUACACAACCCGCAGUUCACAUCUCGACUCAAGUCUACUCCUCUUCGAAUCGGCGUGCCAGUCGAAUACAACGUGUCAGAGAUGACAUCGUCGGUGCGGCGCGCGUGGGCGCAUUCUCUGGCACAUUUGAAGAAACAGGGCCAUACUAUACACUCGAUCUCUCUGCCCGAUACAAAGCAUGCUUUAUCGACAUAUUACGUCCUAGGGCCGGCGGAGGCAUCCUCGAACCUGGCGAAAUACGACGGAGUGCGCUACGGCACUCGGGCUGAAGGGCCCGAUGGCGAUGGAAGGCCCGAUGGGUAUUUAUAUGCGAAUACUCGAGGAGAAGGGUUUGGACAAGAAGUCAAAAGACGAAUCACCCUAGGCACAUUCAGUCUGAGUGCCAAUGCCAUUGAUAACUACUUCAUUCAGGCUCAACGGGUGCGUCGUCUCGUCCAGAAGGAUUUCGAUGCUGUCUUUACGGCCAAGCACCCGCUCGCUGCGCACGGCACGGGCAUUACCAAGGACAAUGACGUUGAUGUCAUUAUCUGCCCUACCGCCCCUUCAUCACCACCGCGCCUGUCUGAUCUGAUGGAUAAGUCGAAGCCCAAAUCGCCGCUGGAGGGCUAUGUCACCGAUGUUUACACUGUCCCAGCGAGCUUGGCGGGUUUGCCAGCGAUCUCAGUUCCUGUCACAGUCUCUGGUGAACAAGAGGCAGAAUUGGCGGGAAUUCAGGUCAUUGGCCAAUAUGGGGAUGAUCACCUCGUGAUGAAAGUGGGUGAGAUGCUCGAGGGGAAGCACCUGGACUAA